UCUGUUUUCUGGCGUGAACAUAACCAAGGCAUUUCGUAUGUUCGCCAUGAUGAAGGUGCCAACACUGACCUUGUCGCAGUACUUCAGAACACAGAAACAGCACCUCUUUCCUGCUGUGAUGUCUUCCUGAGCAGACAAGCUGAGCUACUGGACCGGCUCCGCCCAGUGCCCCUGACCCUUGCCGGAAAUGGCAGAUAUGAUUCGCCAGGCCACACAGCCCUCUAUGGCACUUACACACUGCUUGAGACAGUUGCCAAUAGGAUCAUCCACUUUGAAUUGGUCAAGUCGACAGAAGUCUCAAGCAGCAAUGCCAUGGAGGUGCAUGGUCUAAAGAACUGUCUUGCCUACGUUGAAGCACAUGACAUGGUUGUGGACACCACAGUGGCUGACCGCCACACUGCAAUAAACUCCGUGCUAAAGGAAUUGUGUCCGCACAUCAAACACCGUUUUGACGUGUGGCAUGGUGCGAAAGGGAUCCAGAAAAAGCUUGUGUCUCUCAGCCACUCCACAAAGCACCACGUUGUGAAGUUCUGGAUAGAGAGCCUUAUCCGACACAUAUACUGGUGUGUAAAGUACAGUGAGGAAAGUGGUAACCUUUGUCUGGCGAAGUGGGUAUCGGCAGUGAACCACAUUGUCGAUUUCCAUGAGCAUGACAACCCACUGUACCCAGUUUGUUAUCAUGGCCCAGUUUCAGAACCACGAGAAUGGCUCAAAGAAGAUAGUGAGACGUACUGGAAGGUCAGGGAUAUCCUGACAGCACCCGCAGUGCUCAGGGAUGUCCCUAUGCUUUCUUCAAAACAAGAGACAUAUGGCCUGGAGUCACACCACAGUGUCCUGAACCACUUCGUUCCGAAAUCUUUUCAUUUUCUGACCAGGGAGUGGUGGCCAGGUAUUAAACUUUCUUCAACCAUCUCACACAUACGGAACUUGUACCAUCUACAUUACAUAACUGGCUUUUAGGACACAGUUGGCAAUGCUCCAUUACAAUGAGAAUGCUGACCGUGUGCAAGUGGAAAGAGAGGGCUCCAAGCAGUUCCGACUGAAGCCAUCCAAGCUGAAAAAGACGUGGUUGGCCGUAUCCCUCAAAGAAAAUGCUACCUAUGGUAUAUUUUCACUACUGCGUGCAUCAUGUUCUGUGUCAAUACAUGCAUGUAGUUAUUGUGGCUAGUUUGAAGAUAGUGCUAGUGAUAGAGUGUUUUGUUCUUUACAGAAUUUUUUUAUUGAAAAGCUAUGAGAGCAGCAUAUAUAGAUCUCGUUUUUGCCUGAUUACAAGCAAGCAGCAUGAGGCUAUCCUUGUUCAGAGCUAUUCCAGGUCUACCAAAUCCUAAAAUAGACAUGUGC